GCGCCCCAGUCCAGCCGUGUCCUAGUGCGGCGUCGCCGUGGCGAGUUGAGGCGCAGUAUGGCCUUCUACACAGGACGUGGCGAUGGCGACGUGCACGGGAGUGCCCAAAGCAUAAGCAGUCGUACUCGCAUUCCUCGCGAGAGCUCCACCGCAGUCCCAUGGGGCCAUCCCACUCCACAGGUGCUCGCACCCCAGGUCCACCACCAGGCAUCUCUUGUCCGGCAAGGCACCACUCGCCUCGUCAAGUCUGUUCGUCGGGUCAUCGAAGAGCGCCGCAUGUCGCCAGACACAGUGCGCACUGCAUUACGACAUCGGUUGUCCAGUGCGCGCCUCGUCGCGGCCGUGCUGGAUUUUCGAGCGAACAACAUUGCAGAAAAAGAAAUCCGAGCCGUGCUCGCCAUCCUCAAAGUGCCCGUCCUGUUGGUCCUGGUGACAAUCAACUUACUUUCUGGGCUGUACUUGUUGCUAUGGUCGCUGCUCCUCUUCAGCAUGAACGAUGUCAGUUCUCGUCAGUACGGCAUCAAGCGAAAGCUGUCGGGCGUGGUGUUUCUAACCAUGUCCAUUUUGCAUUUCCACGAACUCGUCACCGUAUGUGGCCAUGAUCGACGGCGGCGGCGGCGGCGGCGCAUCCAACCCACCUCGACUACCGCAGUCGCAUCACCCGUUAACGUUGGCUUCAUGUCCAAAACCACCCACGCAUUCCAGUCGGUGGUCAGCAAUGCCCACCACGUCCUGCCGACGGACGCCGUCAUGAUGCGGCUGGCAAAUUAUGGGGCCGUCGGACGCCGCGCGAUCGCGUGCUUUGGCCACUGCCGCCGCAAGCUCAUGCGAUCGAACCACAAGUACGACGCGGUGCACAUGGCCCGGCACGUUUUGGUCACGGUGACGACGUCGCUCCAUGCCCAUCACAUGUCGCUUGUGGUCCCAGCGCCCGCCACGUCGUUCUUGUAUGCGAUGUUCGUCGCGCUCAACUGCAGCUGUACACCGGUGCUGUGCGCAUCCAAGAACGCGUUCAUCAAGAUGUACUUGACGUUGCUUCUCGACGCGAUGUUUCAUUUUGUGCUGUCCGUGGGGUUUCCGCUCGUUGUGUUUUGGCCCACGUACUUGCACUACAUGCGGUCGCCGGUCACGACCAGUCUCGUCAACACGACCUACGACUCGAUCGCGCAAAACUUGUUGAUCGACCACCUCCAAACGUUCAACACGGUGCUGGAAUGCGCCACCGCCAUCGUCCUGCACGUAUCGAACCACUUGAGUGUGCAUUACUUGGCCAAAAUGGCGCUCACGACCGAUAAGCAUCGCGGCCACCGGGCAUCGUCGACGAAACAAUCGGCACGGCCCGCCAGGUCGAAUCCAGAUCACCAACACGGUCGAAUGUCCCCACUCGCGUCGGCAAUGCCGGUAUCUUCUCCACUGGUCAACGAUCGCAGCACGAUUGCUUCCAUCCACGUUCGACCGGCGAAGUCGGCAACCCUGCAUGGCACUCGAAACGAAUCGUCAGCAAUCGGACCAUGCGAUCGUUCACCGCGCCUUUUCCGUUGGCUCGCCACGUUUUUUUGGAGCCGUCGAACGCGUGACCAAACGCCGCCACCCACGUUGGACGAGCCGAAACAGCCCCACCACUUUGGUUUCCACCGCGUCUUCGUGCUAGUGAGCUCGGUGUGGGCCGCUACGUUGGUCGUGGGGGCGAGCAGCGCAUUCGUGUAUACCACGUGCCCGGUGGGGUGCAGCCAUCGUGUGUCCGAGUGGUUCCGCUUUGAUUGCUCGUGCCGGGAUUUCACGUUGACGUGCACGCCGCACAUGACCGCCACCGACGUCGCGACGAUUCUCAACGCCGUCGACGCCAACCUGUUUCUGCUCUCGAUUGUUCGCUGCAACCUUCCAACGGGUCUACCCCCCGGCGUGAUCGGGCGGUUCCACGGGCUCUACCUCUUGUCGUUGGACACGGUGAACUUGACGACGUGGGACGAAGCGCCGUCCGAGUUGACGUCGAAUUUGCAGUUUUUGCGGAUCCGUCGCGGCCGCUUUCGUCAGAUGCCGCGGCUAUUCGAGUCGUUGCCGGCCACGUUGAUCACCGUGGCAAUCGAAGCGACGCCCCUUGCAACGAUUCCGCUCGGCUGGACGUCGCUGCUCCAACUCGAAGUGUGGGGUGGCAACCUCACGACGUUUCCAUCGCACGUGACGUCCGCCAUGGCGAUCAGUCUGUUCAACAACUCGAUUCGCGAGAUUCCCGCCGCGCUCCCUCGGAAUUUGCAGCGCCUCGACUUGAGGUACAACAACGUUGAUGCGAUUCCGCCGGCGCUGUUUGCCCCUCCAAGCAAAUUGGCCCUGGUCGACCUGUCCUAUAACCGCUUCACGACCGUCCCCGACGUCCUGCUCCCAUUUGUGUACAACUUGACGUUGGGUGUAGCAGGCACACCACUGUGCGCUACGUGGGUCGCCGCUGCCAACCACUCGGCAACUCUGCGCAGCGCCGCACGGCCGCCCCGCUUGAGCGAAAUUUGCUUUACAACAUGUGCGUCGGGAUGCGAGCCAGACGUGAUCGGCGACUCGUACUGUGACGCAGCAUGCUACAACGAAACGUGUGGCUUUGACAAGGGCGACUGCGAUGUCGACCCGAUCGUGUAGCUGCAGUCGUCGCAAGCACGUAGCCAAGCAGUACUACAUGUUCAUUAGCGGUCGGAAUCGAGUACCAUGGCCUCCAAACAAGCGUUCGAAUGGACCCCACGCGCCGCAUUGCUGCUCAUGGCGCCGACUGGGUCGUCUACCACAGUGGACGGUGCCUAUGGAUUGUGUUUUAACCCAUGAUGCAAUUCGUUUCACCGGUGCAAAGCGUGGGUCGUCCGUCAAGUGCGUACCGGUUGAGGAGCCGCGAUGG